AUGGCAGUUAUGGGAACAGUUUUUGGAAUCAUCAAACUAUGCUGUUCUUGGGUUCAUACCUCAGACAAUUUCUCCAAAUCUGAUGAAGAUAAUGACGUUAGUGAAAGAACCCUAGAAAUCUGGAUUGCAACCAAAUCAACUUGGAAGCCUCAUGGGGCAGAUGACUUCCUUCCAGUGCUCAUGUAUGUUCUGGCCCGCAGUAACCUGACAGAGAUGAUUCUCAAUGUAGAGUAUAUGAUGGAACUUAUGGACCCUGCUCUGCAGCUGGGCGAAGGUUCUUAUUAUUUAAUCACUACCUAUGGGGCAGUAGAGCUUAUCAAAAGCUAUGAUAAGAUCGCAGUCACUCGACAGCUAAGCACUGAAGUUCAAGAUUCAAUCCACCGCUGGGAGAGACGGAGAACACUUAACAAGGCCCGGGCAUCUCGAUCAUCUGUUCAGGAUUUCAUUGCAAUUUCUUUUAUGGAGGCUGAUGCCGAAACAAGGACACUGGCAUAUCGGACCGAUUCCACGACUCAUCAGCUGAUUCAGCAGUGCGCUGAGAAAUUUGAAGUCUUAAAGCCCCAGGACUAUGGGCUGUUUGUUCAAGUGGAUAACAAAACUAUGCAGAUGGAUGAUGAUGCUCUCCCUCAUCAGAUCAAAUCCCAUCUCUUGAAUAAAGAGCCCAGGCUGACUUUCUGCUUUAUUUAUAAACAACUUGGUGGAGAAGAGUCACCAGUUCCCGUUAUCAAGGACACAGAUGCCUUGUAGCAGCAAGGCUGAUCUCCUGAAGC